CCCGCCGCCGCCGCCUUCCCCGGCUUCCCGCGCGCGCGUGGGGCAGCCCCGGCGGCCCAGGGGGCGGAGGAGGCGGGCGGGGGGGCGGGGUCGCUAUGCGGCGCGGGAGGCGGCUGGCCGGGGCGCUGCUGGGUGCGCUGCCCCCAGGCGGAGCGAGGGCGAGGGCGAGCCGGGCCCUUCCGCACCUGCCGUUGCCAGCGCGCAGGCCGCUCGGCAGCCGCAGCGACAUGUCCGAGGAGGCGAAGAGGGUGGCCGCCUGGGCAGCUGUCGAUAACCACGUGAAGAAUAACCAAGUCCUUGGAAUUGGAAGCGGCUCUACAAUUGUCCCUGCUGUCCAUCGACUAGCUGAGAGAGUUAAACGAGAGAAUCUGAAUAUUGUCUGCAUCCCAACAUCUUUUCAGGCACGUCAGUUGAUCCUCCAGAAUGGUCUAAGCCUAAGUGACCUGGACAGGCACCCGGAGCUUGAUGUCGCCAUUGACGGAGCUGACGAAGUGGAUUCUGACCUCAGUCUUAUCAAAGGUGGCGGAGGGUGCUUGACACAGGAAAAGAUAGUAGCAGGCUAUGCAAAAUGCUUCGUCGUUGUUGCUGACUACAGAAAAAAUUCUAAGAACCUUGGGGAGCAAUGGAAGAAAGGAAUCCCCAUUGAAGUCAUCCCAAUGGCUUACGUCCCAGUCAUCAGAGCUCUGACCAGGAAGUUUGGUGGCGCUGCUGAGCUGAGGAUGGCUGUUCGUAAAGCGGGUCCCGUGGUGACAGAUAAUGGGAAUUUCAUAUUGGACUGGAAGUUUGACAAGGUCCACAAGUGGAACGAAGUGAACACAGCUAUAAAAAUGAUACCAGGAGUGGUGGAGACAGGUCUCUUCAUCAACAUGGCCGACGUGGUUUACUUUGGCAUGGAAGAUGGUUCUGUCAGCGCCCGUGAGAAACUGGCCCUCUGACACAGUCCAGCCACAUGAUGCUCUCUGCCUUCCAAACAGCGGUCGUAAUGGUGCCAACCUGACACAUUGCCUUAACGAGCAGCUGGUCAGUCGCAGAGGUUGGGGCAGAAGGUCUUUCGGGAUCCGCUGACGUGCUACUGAAUGUCUUUUUUAAAAACUAUAUUCUCUAUUUUUUAUUGUUCAGGAACGCUUGUCAUUUUUUUUUAAAAAAAAGAGUCACUUGAAUAGAAGUUGCUUUUAACAUUUUUAUUUUGUUUUAUAAGAAGCAUUUACCAAAAAAGACACAUCUUACAGAACUUGAACCCUCUGGUUGCUCUGACAGCGUCUUGUUGCAGGGAGAAAGGUGAUCACAAUGUAUUAUUUUUAUUUAGUUUGCUGGGAGGAAAAAUUAAAGAUGCAGCAUGUAAAACCAGGGCGUAUCCAGCUGGGACCUGCUGAUGCCUUAUUGGAACCUUUUGGUUCUGUAUUUUCUCCCCUUUGGUUUUUUUACAUCAUGGUUUUUAAUAGUACAGAAUGCCUAGUUAUUCUGCAUGGGUAAAAUUUACCCACUGUGCAGAGGGUCAUGACAGAAGUGUUGCAUGGGCUUUUUCUGGCCCUUUGCAUAGGAGUGAAUUUCAUCCUUUGGGCCAAAUGCUGCUCUGUUAAACCAGUGUCAAUCCACAGUAACUCCCAUCAAGGUUAAUUUCAAUCAGUGAAGUUACUCCAGAUUGACAUCCUUGUAAACAAGAGCAGAAUUGGGGCCUGGAUCAAGUUUACAGAAGUGUAUUGGAGAAGCUUUCAACAAUGUCUAGUACCUUAGCGGCAAAUCAUUCGGUUAGGAAUGAAGACAAUUUAUCACACCUCACAGCUGGGUUGAUUCAUGGGAGGAUAGAUCGGAAAGCAAAGGAAUAUUGAGUCUUCCUGCCUGGACUGGAUACAAAUGUAGCAAGAGAACAAGGCAAUCAUCUGAUGUAUCCUAUUCCUCCUAUAGGUGCUUUGCAUGUUAUAGUGUCAAAAACGUGAGUCAUCACUUUGUAUGUUAUGGGCACUGAAAUAAAGAGCUGUAAUGCCA